AUGAGGUUCUCCUUGGAUGCCGUGCUGGCCAUUGGCCUUGCCGCUGCUGGUCUUGCUGCUCCUGCCCUUGCCGGUUGGGUGCCCGAGUCUACGUUCCAGUCCGACCUCAUCGCCAGCCACGCCCUGGUCCACCAAACAGCUGCCUUUGCCGAUGGCAGCCUCAAAAAGGCCCUAGCCGCACAGGGCGUGUCGACGAGCUGCAAACCCUGGGAGGUCCGCAUUCGUCGCGAGUACGCAACGCUAAGCAAUGCCGAGAAGCGCGAGUACAUCAGAGCUGGCAAGCCCACCUACGAACAGACACGGAGAGUCAAGUGCCUGAUGGACGCGCCGUCGCGUAUCCCUGAGGGCGUUGCACCGGGUGCCAAGUCGAGAUACGACGACUUUGUUGCCGUCCACAUCAACCAGACCCUCACGAUCCACUUCACCGGCAACUUCCUCUCCUGGCACCGGUACUACAUCCACGCCUUUGAGUCGGCCCUCCGCGACGAGUGCCGCUUCACGGGAAGCCUGCCGUACUGGAACUGGGCGAAAUCGGCCCAAGACCCGCUCAACUCCCCCUACUUUGACGGCAGCCCUCUAUCCCAGGGCGGCAACGGCGAGUGGGCUCCCCACGACUGCAGCCGCCCGGGAAGUAUCACGGCCGCCUGCAUCUCUCCCGUCGUGGAGGGUCGCGGCGGAGGCUGCGUCACGAGCGGUCCCUAUGUGGGAUAUCAGGCGAACCUGUCUACCGUGGAGCUGUGGUUCAACUACCCCAACGAGGUCGGCCCCGGCGGGCCCUGGAUGGGCUACCAGCCACGGUGCAUGAGGAGGGACAUCAUGCCCGAGUACACCCAGAAGUGGGCGCGGGAGACCCGGCUGCUUGAGCUGUUCAACACGACCAACGGCUCGCCCCUGGGCCACAUCGCCGAGUGGCAGCUCGCCCUGCAGGGCGGCACGCAGCAGCAUCCCGUGGGACACUUUACGUAUGGCGGCGACCCGGGCGGUGAUAUCUACACGAGUCCUAAUGAGUUGUCCCAAAAGCUAACAUUGAAUCUUCCGCAAUUAAUUCCCAUGUUCUGGCUCCACCAUUCCAUGCUCGACCGCGUGUGGUGGAUGUGGCAGAACCAGGACCGCGCUGCGACGACCGAGCGGCUGUUCCAGAUUGGUGGCACGCGGACCAAGCGCAACGACCCGCCCUCGGACCCGGCAACGCUCGAGGACGUGCUCGACAUGGGCUACGCCACUCCUCUAAAGGGCGGGGUAACGGUCGGGAUCAAGCACCACGUCAGCACUGUCGCAGGGCCUUAUUGCUAUGUAUAUCUCUAA